CGAGAUUCGCUUCACAAGGGCACUGAAGCCGACGGGCAAGACUCAAGAACUCUGGCCUCUGUUCCUGACGUUGUGGCGUCUUAAAUUUGACGGAUUUAUUUCCCCUGAAUUGUUUCUGUGAGUUGUUUCUGAGUCUGUCACCUUCGGAAUCGUUCGUUCGUGUAAGAAAUGCGUAGAUCGGUUGCAGAAGAUUUCGUCGAAAUCUAACAACAUUUGAUAGGAAAAUUCUUGAUUUCGGCGACUAAGAUUACGAUGACUACGAGCGACGAGUUUGAUGAUUGGGGGAGCAAAGCCUCGUUCGGUGUGUUAGCUGGAAUGCUUUACGGCGGCUGUAAAGAAGCUCUCGCAUCUUCCCACUAUGGCGAAAUUCUUCCGCCCAUGCAGGCUGGCAAAGACUUGAGGACUCAAAGGUUUAUGUGGAGGGAGAUGGUGGAGCAGAGAGUGAUAAGAAUCACGCGAGGUAGUGUUGUGGGUGGUGCCAGAUUAGGGGUUUUCACAGCCAUUUUUUGUGGAGCGCAAUGGUACUUCGCGAGAGAGUUCGACAUUCACGACACAUGGAAUGUGACAGUUGCAGGUUCCACAACCGCAGCCGCAUUUGGAUUAGCAUUACCAGGUUCGCCCUCUUCACGAAUUAGAGCUGCCGCUCUGGGCUCUGUUCUGGGAGCGACUUUCUGUCUGCCACUUGGCUACCUUCAAACCACAUUAAAGCGACAAGCGGAGGAGGCUGAGGCAACGGAGGCUAAAAACAAAGUCAUGCCAACUGCUGGACAUGAGCCCGAGGUAGAUGGCAUUACGGCUACAAUCCGCCGCCUGGAGAAGAGUUUGUCUGAUUCCCAGCAGCAAUCUAGCCCAGAUUCAAGCAAGGCAUCCUAGAAUGCCAGUCGAUUCGCUCAUCAUCAAAAUUUUGAGCAUGGUCGUCAGAGCUCGACUAUUGCAUGCAGUUUCUCCGGAGUUUCUUCGUGCAUUUGCUGCAAGAAUGGUCGAAGGAUGGAAGAUGGAUUGCUGAACUUGAUGAGCUAUCUGGUUAAUUGAAGCCAACGUCAAAGAAGCCCGAAAGAAGUGCCUCACUGAAAGCUUGAGAGUAGUGAGGGGUUGCUUUGUCCAAAAAAAGUUAACUUGUUCUUAGCUGGCAGUAGCUUGGAAACAUUGGCCUUGAUCAGUCCAUCGCUCGUAGACGUUUGCAAGAUCAAAGACAGAACUGUGGAGAUUGCCACCAUUGUGAAAUUCGCCUUAUGUAGGUCAAAAGUCUUUAUUCUUCUAUUGAAGUGCUGAAGAGUUCCAAUCGCGAGCAUGGUGUCAAAGUUCAUACAGGCUAAACAAGGCCAGCUUCAUUUCUUCGUAGAAUUUUCUAUAAUCAGUUGGUGUAUCUCGUCCUUGGCUUUCGUCAACUUUAUGGAAAUUGUCGUGCAUGUAAUACAAAC